AUGCCGGGCCCCAAGUCUAAGCUCGAGUCCCAGCUGCAAAAGGAUAAGGUUGUCCUCAAGUCGUCGAGCCGGGAAGAUGCAAACCUUGCGCGCGAGAUUCACCACCAUCGUCAAUUCCUCCAUCCGCAUAUAGCUCGAUUGUACGAAGUGAUCGUGACCGAGAAUCUUGUCUGGUUAGCGUUGGAAUAUUGCCCAGGCGAUGAACUCUACAACUAUCUUAGCCGCAAUGGACCGAUGCCGCUUGAGAAAGUCCAACGGAUAUUCGCUCAGCUCGUUGGGGCUGUUUGCUACGUCCACAGCAAAUCUUGUGUGCAUCGUGAUCUGAAGUUAGAGAACAUUUUGCUUGACAAGCACGAAAAUGUCAAGUUAUGCGAUUUCGGUUUCACAAGGGAAUAUGAAGGAAAGGCCAGCUACCUACAAACAUUCUGCGGGACAGUGUGCUACAGUGCGCCGGAAAUGCUCAAGGGUGAAAAAUAUGCUGGGGAGAAAGUGGACGUUUGGAGUUUGGGAAUCAUUCUCUACGCUCUUAUUGCUGGAGAGCUUCCCUUCGAUGAUGAUGACGACCAGCUCACGAAAAAGCGGAUUUUAGUAGAGGACCCCAAGUACAACGAUCGGUUUCCGGAAGAUGUAAGGUCACUGAUCAGUCUGUUACUAUCUAAACGCCCUCUUCUCCGGCCUACCCUGUCCGAAGUCUUGAAUCAUCCGUUUUUGAGCGAGCAUUCCCCACAGCAACAAGCAAUCUUGAAAUUAGCCCGACCUGCUCCAUUCUCAACGCCUCUGGAAAGAACCACGCUAGAGAGGAUGAGAAGUGCCGGGGUAAAUAUAGAUCAGGUAAUUGAAAGCGUACUUGCGCAGCGUUGUGAUGCGCUGGCAGGCUGGUGGGCUCUUCUAAUAGAGAAGGAAGAAAGGAAGGAGAAAAGAAGGGAGCGGAAAAGGCGUGAGAGGGAGGCUGAAGCAAAAAAUUUACGUCGAUUGAGCGCAGCCAGUAGCCGCCUCGAACGGAUAUCAGCUGCACUUGUCGAGGUUGAUGAGGAAGGGCACUCUACCAAUCCACCAAGAAGCAGGGGCAGGAGAGAUAGGAGAAGCAUACCAAACCUUCCAGACCUUCCUAAGCUACCGGAAGCCUCCCUCGUCUCCUCCCCAGCCUCCUCCCUUCCUCCGCCGCCAAUCGAGAAGGAUUCCUCUGUCCGGCCAGCAAGCUCAUCUCGCCAUCGACCAGUACCUCCCCCGAAAGAAAAUCGCAGAUCACGUACGAGUACACUACAUCUCAGCGCAUCUCAGCCUGAUUUAUCGCACCCGCAGAGUAUCUUGAGACGACAUGGCGCACGUCGUCGACAUCAUCCUAUAAUCAGCCAACUCGCAUCUCUUAAGCAUUGGCUAAUUGAAUCAACGAAACGUGCCAAGUCGCCUCACUCGAAAGCAUUUUCUCAUGCAGCAUCGCUUAAGUUUCUUACCGACAAAUCCAGUCCACCUAAGAAUAAGGAUCCCGCAGCCAAACCAGCCCAAACAACCCCUACUAAUGCGACGUUCAACCGGACACAGCAAACCCCAGUUCAGAUGAAACGUUCAUCUACUGCAAGCAGCCUCACACCAAGCAAUGCCUCUUAUCCUGGGGCUGCUCGCUCGGGCUCCCUGUCCCACCAGCCACGACCACUUAGCAUCACGAGUGCCACUCAUAAACGUAAUUCCUUAUCCCCUUCGCCUCUUACCCCCCGGAACUCAUAUCGUCGUUCUUCCACUGGUUUACGUGGGCGGAAAUCCACUUCUUCGUCUGUCUCGUCCAUUCGGAGUAUUCAUCAUGUGCACUCGCACUCUAAAACCUCGUCCAUCUCUUCAAAUAGUACCAAUACGGUAUCGACACCCAUUGCUACGGCCAAGCAAGCAAUUGCCCGAUCUCCGCACCCCUCUGUCAAAGUUCUACCUGCCACUCCAAGUACAAGCAUCCCCUUCCCAAGUAGUAUCAGGCUUGUCCGAGGUGGUGGACCAUCAGCUGUUGGCAGUUCCGCCCAUCCUAAAGGGGCGGCAUAUAGUGCUUUUAACGAAGCUGCUCCGAGUUCCCUCCUUUCUUCUCCAGUAUCGGGGCUUGUUUUCGCUCGCCGAAAAAGGUCAGCAUUUAAGGGUCCGUCCCUUGCCACUUCUGCUGUAUCAGCCUCAAGCGGGCCCGGCACUCCAGGGUUGCCCAAACCGAGGGACGGUGUAGUCGGUGCGAGCUCCGGGGCUCAAGCCGCUGGUUCUGGUGCAAGGAAAAGCCAAAUUAUUGAGGAAGAGGAUGAAGUUCCGUUCGAUUGUGAUGAGGAUAUCGAAGAAGUGGAUACAUUUGAACCCGAUGAGGAAGCAAGCGGGGUUUCCAUGGAUUGCAGAAGCUCCACCGAUGAUGCCCCUACGAUUAACACUGAUCCAGGACCAAUUUCACCGUCCGACCUGGAUGCAAGGGUAUCCCUCGAGUUCGAACGAGCACGGAACACCAUUGAACAGCCAAGCAACGAGCCACAUCUCCUUCCCGCUGCAGACAUCCUUGAGGCGGAAUAUCCUCCAUUCCAUCCAACAGAACAGCCAAUGGGUUCUGAGACCACACAUCCUCCCCGUUCUUCGUCACUAGCUGAGAAACCUGGGUCCUCUGGUCAUGGUGGUGAUGUGUUGCCAUCUGUAAUACUUAACGAGGCGAUUCCCACUGCGGACAGGCCACCUACAAGCCAUUCCACUUCUGCGGAACCCAAAGUCGCUGUUGGAGAGGAAUGA